UGUAAGGGCUCGUCUUUUUUCUCCACCUUCGACAUUAUAUGUAUAGCCUGUACACCAGGGGUGUCAAACCUGUCGGUCGAUCUCGGCAUGUUUUCGGGUCAAGUGUAGGAGAAAUUACCUCCAAAUCUCACACCUGUCACCAACCUAGAUACUACGGAAGUCGCAUUGGAAGAAUUAAGUGUGAGCGGACGCAAUGUGGCUUCUCGAAAAAAUUCGAGAGGGCAUGGAGAGCCUUCCCUUCUGGUUCACCGAAUCCCUAGAGGUACGUGAAAGAAUCUCGGCACAGAGCAACCUCUCGAGGAAGCUGCCCAGCAAUGUUCUGACACCAGACAAAAUCCCAGACUUCUUCAUCCCACCCAGGCUGUCCAGGAGGCUGGCCAACAAUGCAGGGUGCAACCUGACUAAGCACAAACCUCAGUCCCUUGAGCGUGGGCUCCAGGUCAGGAACUUGAGACAUGUGCAAGCAGAGAGCUACCGACUUCGGGAUGGUGCUGUCACACCCCAACCUAAUCAGCAUAACAUAGAGGUGGAGUCAGCAUGUCAUGGAGACAUAGCAACCAAAGGCCAAACAGCUGGCAAACCUUUGGAUGGUAGAAUGUUCCUGAAACAGCCGCUCCAUUCCAGGGAGUACUAUGGUCUGUCCGGCCUGUACGAAAGCCCCAACACACGCCGCAAAGAGUCCCUGUUCCACUCUCAGCUGCCUAGCUACUCCCUGGGUCUAUAUCAGUCCCCGUCCAGGUUGCAGCUAAUCUCCAACUGCAAGGUGCUCCCAGAGCAGGGUAGCAUGGAGACUGACACGCCCUCCUCCAACGACUCCUCCCCCCAUGACUCCCCAGUGCUACCACGCUCGCUAUCUGGAUCCGUGCUCUUUAAGUUGCUGGGACAAGAUAGUCCCCUCGGCCUGUCACCACUCUCCACCUCCGAGCAGAACCUCAGAGCAGAUGAAGCUCUACCCGCUCUCCCUGCCUUGAGUCCCGGAGAGACACCUGGGUGCCCCUCCCACCUCGGUAUCUACUCCUGUCCUCCUGUGCUGUACCCGCUGGACAUGCUGCACUGCCAGGAGCGUCUGCAAAGGGAGCACGUGCUGCCACUGUUAGGCCGUGGCCGUGUUCGUCUGUCUGCGGAGCGCAGUUCCCCCGGAGCCACGCUGCGUGUUCGCGUGGUGUCCGUGGAGGAUCUGCACGACGACACUCACGACGGCCGGCUGGUCCACUGCUACGUCAGCCUGUGUCUGACCCCGGGCAAGCACCAGCGUCAGAAUAGCGCCACCAUCAGGAACUGCAGGAAUCCCAUUUUUAACGAGGACUUCUUCUUCACUGAGCUCACAGACGACUGCUUCUGCAGUCUGUACCUCCGGCUGAAGGUUCUGGACAAGGCUUCCAGCCUCAAACGGGACACCGUCCUGGGAGUGCUCUCCAAACCACUCUCACAAUUACUGCCUUUGUAA